AUACGCUUAUCACCUUGUUCUACAGUGACUUGUCCAGCUGAUCUGAAUGUAGAAGAUAGGAGACACGUCAAAUAAAUAUGUGAAAAUUUCAUUUUACUGUCAACGGAAUAAGUAAAUCAAUAAAUCAUAAUUUGCAUUUACUAAAGUUUGACCAAAACAAUAAUAUAUUUCAUACCUUAUUGCUUUGUGUUUAUACUUUAAAUUUUAUUGUUAAGAUUUAACAAAGUGCAAUAAUAUAUACUAAUAAAACAUCAACAUGGCUGGAGUUUACGAUAAUAUAACUUGGAGUGAAGCUCGAAAUGUUUUACGAACAUGGAGAGAAAACUCAGAACGUCAAAGUAGGGAUGUUGUAUAUAUCUGGGAAUCGAUUUUAAAACAACACGUUGAUAAACUUGGAAAUGAGAAAUUUCUAGUCCUAGAACAAGUAUUUCUUGCAGCUUUAGACUGUCAUAGUCUUGAUUUAGCUGAAAAAUGUCUAAAAAUUUUGAUGACAGAGUUUCCUGGAAGCUUGAGAGUGCACAAAUGUCACGCCAUGCAUUUGGAAGCAAUUGAAUUGUAUGAUGAAGCUUUAAGUGUUUUGGACUCCAUCAUUAAAAAAGAUGAAACUAAUGCGGCUCCUAGAAAAAGGCGGGUUGCUAUUUAUAAAGCAUACGGAAGAAUUCCAGAAGCCAUCAAAGAAUUAACUGAGUACCUGAAGAAGUUCAUGAGCGAUCAAGAAGCAUGGCAUGAACUUUCUGAUCUUUAUUUACAAGAGCAAGAAUAUGGAAAAGCUGCAGUAUGUAUUGAGGAACUCAUACUUCAUAAUCCUCACAAUCAUUUAUUACAUCAGCGAUAUGCUGAAAUUAAAUAUUCUAUGGGUGGUUAUGAUAAUAUGCUUACAGCAAAAUCAUACUUUUGCCAAGCAAUAAAAUUAAAUCCCAAUAAUAUCAGAGCAUUAUACGGUCUCCUUUUGACUGUGAAUCAUAUUUCUCUUUCUCAAAAAUGUCCUGCUUCAAAGAAAAAAGAAUUAGCAAAGUUAAGUACAUGGGUAUCAAAACAAAUUGACCAACAGUACAAAUUAAAAAACUCCAAUGAUGACACAAAUAUUAAACAAGUGGAAGAUUUGUUAGCACAUUUGCAACUUGAAGUAUAGAUAUCUGCUGAUUUCAUAUAAUAAAUAAAAAUGAAUAGUUUUGCAUUAUUGUAGUUGGCAUUUUUAAAAAAGUGUUUAAGUAAAAAAUUGUGUUAUUAUAUAUAAUAAUAUUACUAUUAACUGUAUCAUUCAAUAUCACAUAUUUAAAUUCUAUCACAAUGAA